GCAUCUCAUUAAGCGAGUGUGUUCCUCUCGCCCUGUCAAUAAUCUCCGCUCCCAGACUACUCCGUUCCUCCGGAUUUCGAUCCCCCUUUUUCUAUCUGUCAAUCAGCGCCGCCUUUGAACUGAAAAGCUCUCAGUCUAACUUCAACUCACUCAAAUCCGAGCGGCACGAGCUCCUCCUGUAUCUUCGGCUUCCCCCCCCCUUUGCUCUUUAUAUCUGACUUCUUGUUGUUGUUGGUGUGUUUUUUUUUUACCCCCCUUUUUUAUUUAUUAUUUUUUUGCACAUUGAUCGGAUCCUUGGGAACGAGAGAAAAAAGAAACCCAAACUCACGCGUGCAGAAGAUCUCCCCCCCUUUCCCCUCCCCUUCUCCCUCUUUCCCCUCCCCAGGAGAAAAAGACCCCAAAGCAGAAAAAAAAGUUCACCUUGGACUCGUCUUUUUCUUGCAAUAUUUUUUUUGGGGGGGGGCAAAAAUUUUUUGGGGGAUUUUUUUUUUUUUUUUUUUGCUUUUCUUCCUCCUUCAUUUUCCUUCCAAAAUUGCUGCUGGUGGGUGAAAAAAAUGCCGCAGCUGAACGGCGGUGGAGGAGAUGACCUAGGCGCCAACGACGAACUGAUUUCCUUCAAAGACGAGGGCGAGCAGGAGGAGAAGAGCUCCGAAAACUCCUCGGCAGAGAGGGAUUUAGCUGAUGUCAAAUCGUCUCUAGUCAAUGAAUCAGAAACGAAUCAAAACAGCUCCUCCGAUUCCGAGGCGGAAAGACGGCCUCCGCCUCGCUCCGAAAGUUUCCGAGAUAAAUCCCGGGAAAGUUUGGAAGAAGCGGCCAAGAGGCAAGAUGGAGGGCUCUUUAAGGGGCCACCGUAUCCCGGCUACCCCUUCAUCAUGAUCCCCGACCUGACGAGCCCCUACCUCCCCAACGGAUCGCUCUCGCCCACCGCCCGAACCUAUCUCCAGAUGAAAUGGCCACUGCUUGAUGUCCAGGCGGGGACCCUCCAGAGCAGACAAGCCCUCAAGGAUGCCCGCUCUCCGUCACCGGCACACAUUGUGUGCCCCCUCCCUUGCUGCACUCAGGGACAUGACUGUCAGCACCUCUACCCCCCCUCAGACUUCACUGUCAGCACUCAAGUCUUCAGGGACAUGAAAAGGAGCCACUCCCUACAAAAGGUUGGGGAGCCCUGGUGUUUGGAGUCGAACAAAGUACCGGUUGUGCAACACCCUCACCAUGUCCACCCUCUCACGCCGCUCAUCACGUACAGCAACGAACACUUCACCCCGGGAAACCCACCUCCACACUUACCAGCCGACGUAGACCCCAAAACAGGAAUCCCACGGCCUCCGCACCCUCCAGAUAUAUCUCCGUAUUACCCACUAUCGCCCGGCACCGUAGGACAAAUCCCCCAUCCGCUAGGAUGGUUAGUACCACAGCAAGGUCAGCCCGUGUACCCAAUCACGACAGGAGGAUUCCGUCACCCCUACCCCACAGCUCUGACUGUCAACGCCUCCAUGUCUAGCUUCCUGUCUUCCAGGUUCCCUCCCCAUAUGGUCCCACCACAUCACACUCUACACACGACCGGCAUCCCCCACCCGGCCAUAGUAACGCCAACCGUCAAACAGGAAUCCUCCCAGAGUGACGUCGGCUCACUCCAUAGCUCAAAGCAUCAGGACUCCAAAAAGGAAGAAGAAAAGAAGAAGCCCCACAUAAAGAAACCUCUUAACGCGUUCAUGUUGUAUAUGAAGGAAAUGAGGGCCAAGGUCGUGGCCGAGUGCACGUUGAAAGAAAGUGCCGCCAUCAACCAGAUCCUGGGGCGAAGGUGGCACGCGCUGUCCAGAGAAGAGCAAGCAAAAUACUACGAGCUGGCCCGGAAGGAGCGACAGCUUCACAUGCAGCUGUACCCCGGCUGGUCUGCGCGGGAUAACUAUGGGAAGAAGAAGAAGAGGAAAAGGGACAAGCAGCCAGGAGAGACCAAUGAACACAGCGAAUGUUUCCUAAAUCCUUGCCUUUCACUUCCUCCGAUUACAGACCUGAGCGCUCCUAAGAAAUGCCGAGCGCGCUUUGGCCUUGAUCAACAGAAUAACUGGUGCGGCCCUUGCAGGAGAAAAAAAAAGUGCGUUCGCUACAUACAAGGUGAAGGCAGCUGCCUCAGUCCACCCUCUUCAGAUGGAAGCUUACUAGACUCGCCUCCUCCCUCCCCCAACCUGCUAAGCUCCCCUCCCCAAGACGCCAAGUCACAGACUGAGCAGACCCAGCCUCUCUCGCUGUCCCUGAAGCCCGACCCCCUGGCCCACCUGCCCAUGAUGCCGCCGCCGCCCGCCCUCCUGCUUGCCGAGGCCGCCCACGGCAAGGCCCCCGCCCUCUGUCCCAACGGGGCCCUGGACCUGCCCCCCGCCGCCCUGCAGCCGCCCGUCCUGUCCGCCUCGUCUCUGGCGCAGCCGUCGACAUCUUCCUUACAUUCCCACAGCGCCGUGGCCGUGGCCGUGGCCGGGACGCAGCCCCAGCCGCUGUCCCUCGUGACCAAGUCUUUAGAAUAGCUUUAGCCUCGUCAGCCCCGGUUGGUUUGCGUAGUGUUGCGUUCCGCUUCUGUCCCCCCCCCCCCCCCCCCCCCCCCGCCCCCCCCCCCCACCACCUCCCUCCCCCCCCCAAAGGUUUCGUUUUGUACUCUUUUAAUUUUGUGCCACGUGGCUACAUUAGUUGAUGUUUAUGGAGUUCAUUGGUCAAUAUUUGACCCAUUCUUAUUUCAAUUCCUCCUUUUAAAUAUGUAGAUGAGAGAAGAACCUCAUGAUUCUACCAAAAUUUUUAUCAACAGCUGUUUAAAGUCUUUGUAGCGUUUAAAAAAUAUAUAUAUAUACAUAACUGUUAUGUAGUUCGGAUAGCUUAGUUUUAAAAGACUGAUUAAAAAACAAAAAGGAAAAAAAAAAAAGAAGCAAUUUUGAAGCAGCCCUCCAGAAGGAGUUGGUUCUGUAUUAUUUGUAUUAAAUACGAGCUUGCGAACCAAUCAUUUUACAUCUGGUUUUUAAACCAUAAGGGCACGAGGAAUGCAGUGCCGUUACUCUUUUUUUUUUCUCUGUGAAACAACUUUAAUUGUGAUGUUACUUGUUAUUGUUUAAAUGUACAGAAACAAAGGGUUAAAUGUGUUAAUAUACCUUGUUCCAUGGUGUUGUUCUUUUGGGGGGAGGGGGAUGCUACUCAACCAUUAAUGGAAUCACAACGCUGUUGGACCAGUAGUAUUUAUUGCUUUAGAGAUUGCUUGUCGAACCUGUAUGUCGUCCCUUUUAAAAUAUGUUUUCCUUUUUCUUGAAACUGUAUAAAGUUUUUUUCCCCUUAGCAUAAGCAUCUUAUAUAUAACAACUCAUUUGUACAAGGUUUUUAAGUUUAUAUAUAAAAUGUGUAUAUAUAUUUUUUUGUUUCUCUUUUUGACUUUUUUUUUUUUUUUUUUUUUUGGCUGUAUGAAACCCAGAUGCCGCCAAACGGACAUUAAUAGUUGCAUUUAAGGAUCAGUAGCAUUAACGGAAGUUGCUUUAAAAGCCAUUAUGUAAAACAAGACUUGAAAAUUAGUGAGGGAAUUUUAGCGGACGCUGUCUGAGCAGCAGUGGGAACCACCCUGUUUGUCCUUUGAACUCACAGUCGCCAGCCCUAUGCCCUUAGGGCGUGGCCCGACUGUGUGCAAAAGUUUAUGUGCCAAAAUUCUCAGUGACUUUAGCUUUCUCCCUCUUUUCGAUGCUGUAAUUUUUGUUCAUCAUGUUUUGCUGUGAUGUUACAUAGGUAGAUUUGUAUGUAGUUUUAAUGUCACCUAUAACAAGACGUGUUUGGUAGCAGAUUGUCCAGAAAGCAUUUUAAAUGAAGAGGUAUCAAACCCUUAGGGGCCAAAAUUCUGUAUAUUAGAUUACUCUUAAAGGAAAAACCAGCUGCCGCUUUUAUGUACACGUAUCCCGUACGAGUAGGUGGCAAACUUUAAAAAUAAGAAAAACCCUAGGCAUGUUGAUGUUGCAAAAUGCUGUAUAAAGCUGACACCUGUUCACUCAGUGCCAUUGUAGUUGACAUGAAGCGAUUGUAAGACUGUCUCCGAUUUUUCUCUGGUUUAUUAAAAUGCUAACUAUAACAUU